GCUCCAAAGACAAGAGGGAAGCUGGACUCAGCUAAUUACCUUGGAGGAUUAAUUGCAUUGCCAUGGUCUCCAUGUGAUACUGGAUUGAUUUUUAAUUUUUUUUUUUUUUAACACAGCUGAGCAGGGCUUUUUCCUCCCCUCUUCUCUUUCAUCUUUUCCUGCACACACACACAGAGGAGAUGUUGCAAACAGUCUGCGUGAGUCCUGAGCUGCUUGUCAACCAAAACACGAGUGAAAGUGAAAUCUGUGGCUACAGCCCAGGCCAGGGAUCUCCCCUGCCUGGAGAAACAGCCAGCCCCAAGAGCUGCUUCCAGCAGAGCCCAUCCCUGCCAGACUCUGGAUUAACUGAGCUGAACGUGGCGAGUCCCAAGAUCUACCACCCUCCUCCAUGCCACCCUCCAGGGAUGCCUGCUCCUGCUGACUCUGAACUUAGCUCUGAUCCCCCUCAGAAGCGCUACAUGGGUGUGAGAGUGAAGAUGCCCGUGCGGGAAUUGCUGAGGAAAAUCCGACUUUCCAAAGGCUUGGACCCGGCUCCGGGCAAGGAAGCCUCAUCAGUGAAGAUGGUAGCCAAAGGAUCCUCAGGAAAAACAGCAGAGAAGAGGAGAUCUCACCCUUAUACAGAGAAACAGCUUAGACAGAGCAAGCAGAGCGCCGGGCAAAGCCCCAGAGGCUUGGAGGACCUCGACAUCCUGGUGGAGGUGCUGCAGGAGGAUCUGAGCAAGAGCCAGCUCGGGGAGGAGCCCCGGCAUCCCGUGCCAGACGGGUUCUGGCAGGGAUUCUCCAGGGAGCUGCAGGGCUGCCGCUGGGAAGGCGCGGGGAGCAGGGAUGGGGGCCUGCAGGGGAGGCAGCCGGGCCCCGCAGAGCUUCACCCCCAGCCCUGGGGGGGACAUCGCCACCCAGUGCUGCGGGGACAGGCUCAGCCUGCCCUCCGUGGCCAGCGGGAGAGCGCCCAGAGGUGCGGCUCGCCCGGAAUGUUCUCCAGGACGGGCGGGAAAGGGAGCAGCUGGUGGGUGCAGGGUGAUCUCCCCAGCUCCCAGGAAGGUUUCUCGAGGAAUUCCCCAUCUCAGGAAGGUUUUCUGAGGAAUUCUCCGUCCCAGGAAGGUUUUCUGAGGAAUUCUCCACCCCAGGAAGGUUUCUCGAGGAAAUCCCCAUCCCAGGAAUGUUUCCUGAGGAAGUCUCCAUCCCAGGAAGGUUUUCUGAGGAAUUCUCCACCCCAGGAAUGUUUCCUGAGAGAUUCUGCAUCCCAGGAAGGUUUCUCAAGGAACUCUCCAUCCCAGGAAUGUCUCCUGAGGAAUUCUGCACCCCAAGGAUAUUUCUUGAGGAACUCUCCAUCCCAGGAAUGUUUCCUGAGCAAUUCUCCAUCCCAGGAAGGUUUCCCAGGGAAUUCGCCACCCCAGGGAUGGCUCCUGAGGAAUUCUGCACCCCAGGAAGGUUUCCUGAGGAAUUCUGCACCCCAGGAAGGUUUCCCAGGGAAUUCUGCACCCCAGGACUCGCCCGCACUCCCCAGCUUGGCAGAGAUGCUGCUGGAAGCUCCCAGGGGCUCUGCAGAUGUGGGGGGACAUUUGAGGCUGAGCCCAAAUUCCUUCUCCAGGCAGGACCUCUCUGCCCUCUCCUUCUUCCAGUUCCAGCUGCACAGGGAGGAAAAUCUGCUGAGGAACAUCCCAGAGGAAAAACUGCUGGCUCCUGACGAAAAUGGCAACAGGCUGCUGCACAAGGCUGUUGCCCAGGGAAGGAGGGCUCUGACUUUUGCCCUGGCCCAGAGAUUUGCAUCCCUCAACAAGAUCGACGAGAAGGAUGCAGAGAAAAGGACUGCUUUACAUCUUGCUGCAGAAAAGAACCAGCACCUGAUGGUGAGUGACCUGAUCUCCCUGGGAGCCAACGUCAACGAGCAGGACAGCUCUGGGAAAACUCCCCUCCACCUGUGUGCAGAGAAUGGCUAUCUGAGAGUUCUCGAGGUCCUGAAAAGCUGCAAGAACAGCGGGGUGUGUGUGGAAGUGGAUCUGCCUGACCACUGUGGUCUGACCCCCCUGCACCGUGCUGCUCUUGCCCACACCGUGCUGGUGACACAAUGCCAGGGCACGGCCAGGGACAGCAGCACCGGGAGGCUCCUGGGGCUGCGGAGAGCCCAGAUCCUGGAGGGAAUUCUCUGCCUGCUCCAGAUGGGAGCACAGCCCCGGCUGCCGGUGCUGAAUUCGUGUCCAGCCUCCACCCCCUGCCUAAAGCUCGAGGAGAACACAGAGCUCAUGUGUUUGCUUCAGAGCCAUAAACCCCAGGCACAGGAUGUUCCUCAGGAGAGCUGCAGCCUGCUGGAUGCUCCCAGAGGAAUCCCCGCUCCCCCAGCUGCAGGUGACUUCCCUGGACUUUGCUCCUUGUCAUCCUCAGACCUCCUCGAUGUCCUUCUCAAAGGGAAAUGCUGAGAGCUCUCACCUGCUGCAGGAGAACAACAAACACCAAAAUACAGAAUAUUUUAUGUUAUGUCUUGAACUGACUGCUGGAAAGAUCUCACCUGGACCCAGAAUUAAGGAGCAAACUGAUAAGUGAGGGAAAUCCUCAGUGCAGGUUGCAGCAGGAGUUCAGUGUUAGGUGCUCCAGGAAGAAUUAGAUCUUCAUUUUCUCACAGAUUUGUGCUUCUCUGCUCAGGUCUGAGGUCAGUCUGAAGCUCUGAUGAUUUUUCAGGCAGGUGUUUAACCCAAGAAAAAGAUUUUGACCACCCAGGGCCAAGUCUUGGGGGUUUCAGCCUGAAAUUAGUCUCUACACUCCAAAUUCAAUGUUCAGACAGACUGAAAAUCUCAGUCAUUUUAAACACGAGCUCUGGGAUUUCAGAGCCUAAAUAUGAAAAAUAUUUAAUAUUUCCUGCAGUCUGGCUCUGAAUUUGGCCAAGGCUGGAGUGGUCACACUUUAAGGCAGUCUCAAGGUGAAGUCCUUCCAAAGUGAAACAUCGUGCUGAGCAUGUGUCUUCAACAAAAAUCAAGCUUUUUAUUGAUGCAAUCAGAAGUUUGCACCCAUUGUAGGUGAAGUCUGGGACAAAGUGUUUUGAAUGAGCUCCUUUCUCACAGAUCUAACAGAGAUUUUACCUUUAUAAAAUUGAAAUCUAUAACAACAGCUUUUGAAGGAUCAAGUUUUUUAAAGUUUGGAGCAUAACAAGGAGCUGAACUGAUCCUGAAAACCAAGUUAUUCAGUAGAAUCACUACAAACUAGAUCAAAUUUUUAUUUUUAAUUAUUUCUUCCCAGACUUACUCUCAUUUAAUUUUCACUUCUGGUUGCGAGUUUGCUGGUUUCUAUGAAACUUCCCUGGUUGCUACAUAGGGAGCAAUUCUACUUUUACAGAAACUAAAACCAAAAACCAAAACUGAUCCAGCAGCCCCUCACGUGUCUCCUGUGGAGGAAAAUGGGAGAUUUCCACUGCAGGAUCCAGUGUUAAGUACUCAGCAUCUUUGGGGAAUGUUUUUAAUGAACCCUUUGCAUUUGUUCCUUGUGAAAAAAAAAAAAAAAGGUUAUUUUUGUGUUAUGGGGUUUCCUGAAGUGUUAAGCUCCAAGAGCUGCGUUGCACAAGGUGAAUAACUUGGAGAAGUGGCAGUGUUGAAGUGAAUUCCAAUGGGAUUUGGGUCAUUUCCUCUGAUUCUGAUGCCCUGAACAGCUAAAGAAUUCUCUUUUGUAUUUCCUCUGAAACAAAAUAAUUCGUAAACUUUCAGUAUUUCAUUAAAAAUACAUAUUAUAUGUUACUCUCAUGAGGAGUUGCAUAACUCAUCCACCUCCUUCCAAAGCGUUCCCUCAUGUUUCAAUAAUCUCUGGUCUUUUCUUUUUCCCUUUUUGUCCCAGGUUUUAUGGAUAUUUUUCCUCUCUGAAUAUUUCUCUCUGUCCCCCCCAUCACUGCCCAUCCUUCUUUCUGUUUGCAUUUUAACUCCCAUCUGUUCCCACCGAACUUUUUAUUCAUUUGGGGACAAUUAAGGAAGAACUGCUGGGUUAGCUCAGCUUCCAUUUGUGGGAUUGAAGGGUCAGAUCCAGCUCUUUAUUUUCAUUAUAAACCAACCAGGAAAUCCCACAUCACGAGGAUGAAACAGAGUGUUGAACAAAGAGCUGAAAUAAA